UCCACUGGAUUUCUCUCUGUCUCGAAGUUGGAAAGGUGCUGACAGAAAAGUCUACUUGUCACUCUGCGAAUGCACUCGAAAUCCGUUCUUUGCUGGUGACGUCGUCGAACGAGCUACAGCAGAAGCCAGCUCGCUUUUAACGACUUUUCUUGGGGCAGCCGAAGAUGACCUCAAGCAAGAAGGCACAAAAAUUUCAGACGACUUGAAAAGCGUCAAAGAAACAAUUUCACAGAGUCGAUCUGUCCAGUCUCUGCAGUUUGCCCUUUUACGUCGCUGAGCGUCUCGCUGCAGCUUGCACGAACACCGCUUCCGCUUGCUCGAGGUUUUCCUGCAUGGCUGCUCUCUUUGCUGUUUUGCUUUUCAGGUCACACGCGCCGUUAAUUUCGUGAACCACACAGCGAAUUCAACUCUCGUCACCAUUCGUUAGACCACAGGGCUUUUUUCUCGACUGAAUUCCCUCUGUGACGCUCGAUUUCCGGCUCUCGCUUCGUUUCUGCAAGUCGUUCCGUGUUCGUGUCUCCGCGCGACUCUCCGACGCGGCCUCCGUUGCAGUCUCAGUUUUUUUCGCCGUCAACCGUCACCAUGGGAGUGCUGUUUCUUAGCCGCGACGUUCGCCUGGCCCAGUGUGCGUCUGAGCCAUGUCCCGCCAGCGCCAGCCUGCCUCCGUAUAAUCCGACGGUUCCUCUGCCUCCCGAGAGCGACUCACUGGUUCUGAGUGCUCCGGCGGCUUCUCCAGCAUCAUCGGAAAAGGUUUCAGAUGCCUCCGUCUGCUCCCGGUCUUUGUGCCUCGCCCCGUCUGCUCCUGCGCUUGAUGGGAAAUACGUCGGUCUGUUCUUUGGAGCAGCUUGGUGUCCCGCCUGCAAGUCGUUCACCUCUGCUCUUGUCCGAUUCUACAACUGCCUGAAGCCAACAGGCAUGUUUGAGGUCGUUUACGUUCCUCUCGACCGAAACGUAAAGGAGUACAGAGGCUUCGUGCAGACCAUGCCGUGGUACGCACUUCCUCUCAGGAACUACGGAGAUCUUCUGCGAAAAUACAAAAUCAGGUCUCUUCCCGCGCUCGUGCUCGUCACUCCCGAUGACGCCGUCAUGACGGGCGACGCUGUCGAACUCGUCAAGGAACGGAACGCCGGAGAAAAGUUCACACAGAUCUUUGAAAGAUUCAGUGGUCCGGCGUCUCUCGGCAAUCGCUUCCGAACUCUGUUCUGUUAAACUGCAGG